AUGGCACGCUUUCACUUCAUCGUUAAAAUAGUUAAAGCAUUUCGCUUUGCCUUCAGCGCUCUAGGACUUUUGCAGCUGAGAUUCAGUGAAUCGAGGAAAGAAUAUCAGCAUAAAGCCAAUUGUUGCCGAAUUUUUAUAGCCAUCUUUAUGGUGCUGAUACUUUUGCUCUUUAAUUUUGUGAGCACUGCAUUGGAAAAGGAGAAUGAGCUGGUUAAUGCCCUGAAUAUAGAGGCCAGACCCGUGAACAGUAAAUCAGAAUUGAGAAAUGAACGUGUCUACAGUAUAUUUAUAUUCCUCACCCUCGUCUGGUCUUGGCUUAAAAAGAAUGUGCUGUAUAAUUUGGUAAAUGAGUCACAACUGGCAUAUAAACAACUUAGGUUCUUGCUGGGCAAAUAUUUAAAAAUAGAAUGUUCUUGGCUGAUUUUUACCUACAGCAUUAUUUUGUUGCUUUUACUUGGAAUAUUUGGUGUGAAGAGUCUCCUUUAUGACUGGCCAAAAGUGUUCGAUGCUGAACAUAAUGUCACCAUUGAUGGGCUUUUUCAAUUAUUCAAUUUUCUUAUGGGUUUACCCCGACUUAUGAUAGUAUUGAUUAUGUCGCUGCAUAUCCUGUAUCAACUAAUGAAUGCCGCCUGGCUUCAAUCGCUAACUGAACUUCGUUUACAUAGAAACCUCCAACUGUAUCAAUUGCAACUGAAUAUCCUUUUUCCUACUCACAAGAAGCUGAAUAUUUUGGCUGGCUAUUAUUUUCGAAUGGCAUAUAUAUGCUUUAUGUAUAUGUUAGCCUUUCGAUUUAAUCAUUUCCAGCAGAACUUUAUUUUCGAUUCCAAUAAAGUAAUACACAAGUCGCAGAAUGAUUUGGAAGACGAGGCAAUUUGGGCUGGUCAAGAUAUAGACAAUCUGUCAGAUUCCAGCGAUCAGAUGAUUAAAUCUUUACUCUUAUUAACCUGGCACUUGGCUUUGGUGAUGUUGCUAUUUGCUUCAGCCUAUAUACAGCAGAAGGAAUAUUUAAAAUUAAUGCAAAAGAGCUGGUAUUACACAACUGAUGAAAAUAUCUCUGAAAUAAAAUCCUUCCUGGCUGAAAAAUCCUGGAAAGGCCACACAUUUAAGAGAAUGGAUAUAUUGGACAUAAUGUUCCUUUCAGGAAUCUCUAUACACGACUGCCAAUCGGUUUCCAUCUGCUUUCUAACCGACAGGUUUAGGAAAAAGAAUCCGACCUACCUCAAUUUGAAUCUUAUCGCAGGACACUUUAGGCUCCUGUGCAAUGUGAUAAUUUCAUCUGGCAUUGUCUACUUUGCACAGCAAAUGGAACUCUGGAAAUUGCAGGAAUACCUACAGCAAAAAGGAUAA